CGCUCCCCAGCCCACCGCGCAAUUAGCGUUCGCGCGCCCUGAGCGCGCCGCUGCCGACGCCGAGCCCCAGGGCAGCGAUGGGCAACACCGUGCACAGGACCCUCCCAGACUCCAGCGCUUCGGCGCGCCUGCUGACCACCCGGCCCUGCUGUGGGCCCGGCCCCGAGCGGCGCCCGGUCCUGGGCGAAGCCCCGCGUUUCCACACACAAGCCAAGGGCAAGAACGUGCGGCUGGACGGCCAUUCGCGCCGGGCCACGCGGCGCAACAGCUUCUGCAACGGGGUCACGUUCACGCAGCGGCCCAUCCGGCUGUACGAACAGGUGCGGCUGCGCCUGGUGGCCGUGCGCCCCGGCUGGAGCGGCGCGCUGCGUUUCGGCUUCACGGUGCACGACCCGUCGCUCAUGAGCCCGCAGGACAUCCCCAAGUACGCCUGCCCAGACCUGGUCACGCGGCCCGGCUACUGGGCCAAGGCGCUGCCCGAGAACCUGGCGCUGCGCGACACGGUGCUGGCCUACUGGGUGGACCGCCACGGCCGCGUCUUCUACAGUGUCAACGACGGCGAGCCCGUGCUCUUCCACUGCGGCGUGGCUGUGGGCGGCCCGCUCUGGGCGCUCAUCGACGUUUACGGCAUCACAGACGAGGUGCAGCUCCUCGGCACCUUGCAGUCCAGCCCUGUGAUCCCGUCUCCAUCUGGGUCCCUCAGCGGCUCCCAGGAUGACAGCGAUUCCGAUAUGGCCUUCAGUGUCAACCAGUCCUCCUCGGCAUCUGAGUCAUCCCUGGUGACAGCCCCCAGCUCCCCGCUGAGCCCCCCGGUGUCCCCCGUGUUCGCUGCACCGGAGCCGGCAGGCAGCAAGAACGGCGAGUGCACGGUGUGCUUCGACGGUGAAGUGGACACAGUCAUCUACACAUGUGGACAUAUGUGCCUGUGCCACAGCUGCGGCCUGCGGCUCAAGAGGCAGGCCCGCGCCUGCUGCCCCAUCUGCCGGCGGCCCAUCAAGGACGUCAUUAAGAUCUACAGGCCGUAGCCUGGCCCACUCAUGGGCCUUGGCCAGAGCAAGGUCACCUUUCUCAUGCCCCUCUGGGCUGGGCAACCACCAUGGAUGGCCACCAGCGAGUCCAGGGGCAGCAGCCAUCUCGUCUGCCACUCUCCAGUGGUGGGCAAGGCGUGAACAGUCGUGGAGACGAGGCCCUGGGGGUCUGAGCCCAGCCGAAGGUUGCUUCUGGCUCAAAAGUGCUUUGCCCCCAAAAGGCAGUCCCAAAAGCAAGCUCAGGAACUGCCUGGCAGACCGCCCGUCCCUCUGGUGACCUCUCGGCUGGGAAGCAGCGUCCUCCGUGCAAUGCUUUUGCUGGGAUGGGUUGAGUUUUGUGUGUGUGUGUGUGUCUGUAUGUGUAGGGGGAGGGGAGAAGAGGGAGGGAGACCGAGAAGGGAGAGGGCAUGUGUGAGAGAAUGAGAGAGAAAACACAGAGGUAUUUAUCCAAGGAUCCUGGCUCUAGGUUAUUUUACACUAAGGAAUGUGCAAUCCGGAGCCCAGACAUGAGCAAGACUAGAAAUUGUUCACUUCCUAGGGCUGUGACAUCAGCUGGUUUUGAAUGUAUGAAGCCUGCACCUGAACAGAACUCCCUCGGAUGGUAUAAAAAAGGGACACUCAGAUUUCCUAAGAGCAGGAAAAAAUAGCUCAUUGUUUACAGCUCCAAAGCAGCAACUCCUUGGGGGUUAGGUGGGCGGAGAACAUAAAAGAACAAUUUGCUUCUUUGGUUUCUAACUCCGUCCUGGAGAGAGAGGCAUUUUGAUGGGUGCUGCAGCUCUGAGAGCUCUGGGCAGUGUUUCACCUCUUCACCCCCAGACAUCCCAAUAAUAAGCACAUCGCACUUGACCCUGUCCUAGAUGCUUUUGGCCUGUACCACCUGCCACGUACGAGAAGAUGCUAAAUUGUCUUCUCCUGGGGAAGGGAGAGAAGCCCUGAGGCGGGGACUCACUUGGAGUUGGAAAGGCCACAGAAGGCACAGACAGUUCUCCACACUUCUUCUUACCCGUGCCUGUGGGCAUCACCAGGGCAACCUGCUGGCAAAGCAAGAGGAACCAGGGCUUUGCAACUGGUCUUUGUUCUGACUCUUAGCUUAUUUCCCCCUGCUGAUUACCAAGAUAUUAACUGAUCCUUAGGAUGUUAACUAAUAACUGAGAUAAAAUUUUGACCUUGGGACUGUCCUCCUUCCCAGGACUAUUUGCUAGGCAUUUCCUGGGACCCUGGGCCUCCCCUCACCCCCUCCUCCCUCUUGCCCCAGUUCUGGGCUCCAUGUCUGCCCUGUCCUGUGCUGUGCCUUUAGGCGAGUCCCUGGGCCUCUCUGUUUCUCAGUCCCCAGUCUGACCAGGAGGAAGCCUAGUAGCUGCCCACGCCAGAGCUCUUGGGAGGCCCAGCACAGCACUCUAAAAGGCCUGAGACACCUUGCAAAGCAGGUAUCCUUCUUAUUACAAUUCCUACUCUGUUCAUCUGCUGAGAGAGGCAGGGAAAGGCGGACAUUCAGACUUUAGGCAUUCAUAUAACAAGUGUUUGCCGGGUGUCAGGGGGCUUAGAGUGCAGCUGGGCCACGCCUUUGUCAUAUCAAGUCCCAUGAGACAGUUGGUGGUGCCCUUGGGAUGUUCCAGGUCUUAGAACACCUGCCUCUCUGUCUGGAAGUGGCCACAGUUUUCUGAUCUCAACUGCAGAAACCCUACUCUUGCUUCUGCCGGAACCCAUGAUUGGUUCUUUUUCCCUAAUGAAUUUGGGAAACACGCCCACAUUUUAAUUUUGCAGCAGAAUCUUUUGGGGAGAUCUUGGAACCCCAGUGUUUGCCAAGAUAAGAGUUUGAGAAUCCAGGCAGUGCUGGGUGCCCCGCUGAGUUUGGUCAGCCAGAGCCUUUGGUUCCCCCCACGUGCUGGGUGUGGGCACAGGCCCCGUGUGAGAGACUCAUCGCCCUGUGGGCCUGUGGUUCUCUGGGCACCAGUCCCCCCGGCUGACCUGAGCCACAGCCACAGCUCUGGUGGUCUCAGUGGCUUAGGGAGUCAGCUUCUGUCUCUUGGCACUUGUCCUUCAUGACUGCCCCCCUCCUCUGCUUCCAGCUGGAGUCAGGAGACCAGUGACCAAGGGCCUAGACCCAGGGUGGACCAGGCCGUGCUUCUGGCAACCUGUUACCUGGGACAAAAGGAGCCAGUGGCCUGUUUGAUGUGCUCUGCAGUUGCUAUAAAUAGCCUCCCUGUGUCCAAGAGAAAUUAGGGGGUGUUUAUCUUCUAAAAACCAGACAUUUCCUGAUGCUCUAAACUGAUGUCUUCAGGGCUACAGGGUAACUGUGUGCAUUGCCCUCAGGUUUUGAGAUAGGCAGGAGGAAGGACAGGGGGCCUCUUUUGUAGCUUCUCUGCCUUGGCACUGGGUUAGGGCGUCGCCACCACAGCUUCAUUCCGAGAGGCAGCUCUAUUACCAUCCUGAGUCCUGUCUAAGACAGCACCGAUCAUAAAACACACCAUUUUAUGUACCACUAAGGAAAAAAUGCUGCCAGUUCUAACUGUAAGAUGCGGCAGCUAUACAGUUCAUCCCAAUUGGAGAUGUUGAAAUGUGGAGAAAACAAACUGUUACUUAGAAUUGAUGAAGUAUGGGAUUAUCUCCAUUCAGCAGGUGAGAAAACUGAGGUCCUGGGAGUGAGUGACGUAGAAUGACAGAGCAUGAGGUGGCAGGGCUGGGAUUGAAACCCAGGACGGGGGUGCUGGAUCCCAUGCUCUCUGCUACUUGGCCCAAGUUCCAGGAAGGUUGAGACUGCCUGAGUUUCCUUCCUUUAAACUUACCCGGCCAGCCCCUGGAGAGAGCCUGGGCACCUGUGCCUGGGUAGAGGGUCCCAGCCCCGGCUGUGGCCCCUGUGCCACCCAUACCCCCUUUAGGCUCAUCUCUCCACUGCUCGCCUUCUCCCGGCCCAGUUGAACUGUGUGAGAGCCUGGGUCCAACCCACGGGCCCGCCUGUUCCCCGGGGGCACCCAUGCGGAGGCACUUUGUGGAGGGCGCUGAAAGCCUUGUCCUACCACCUUCCUAUGCCUGGUGGCCACCCCCCUCGAGCGGGGCCCCCAGCAGUGGGUCAGGGGCACUGAGGAUGCCCGUGUUGUGGUCUUGUGCCUGUUCAUUUUGAAUUGCCAGGGAAAUUGGGCUGUUUCCAGGUCAAAACAAGCUCCCUUUUCUAAUCUAUUCCCAGAGCCAGGAGUCUCCUGGGAUCUAGCAGCUGCUCCCUGGACUGCAGCAUCG